CUGUCACGUGAUCCGCGAAGAUGGCUGCGGUCUGUGCAGAGCAUUUUGCAGCGCUCCAGAGUCUGCUGAAGGCCUCCUCGAAAGAUGUUGUCAGGCAGCUGUGUCAAGAGAGCUUUUCCAAUUCGGCCCUUGGCUCGAAAAACCUCUUGGAUACUACGUGUUCCAGCUUGUCUGUGACCCAGGAGGAGGCAGAGCAACUGCUCCAGGCUCUGCACCACCUUACUAGGCUGGUGGUGUUCCGGGACCUGUCCUCUGCCGAGGAGAUUCUGGCUCUUUUUCCAGAAAACUUUCACCAAAACCUCAAAAACCUGCUGACAAAAAUCAUCUUAGAACACCUAUCUACUUGGAGAACUGAAGCCCAAGCAAAUCAAAUCUCUCUGCCACGCCUGGUUGACCUGGACUGGAGGGUGGAUAUCAAAACCUCCUCAGACAGCAUCAGCCGCAUGGCUGUCCCUACCUGCCUGCUCCAGAUGAAGAUCCAGGAAGAUCCCAGUCUGUGUGGAGACAAACCUUCCAUCUCGGCUGUCACCAUGGAGCUGAGCAAAGAAACACUGGACACUAUGUUAGACGGGCUGGGCCGCAUCCGGGACCAGCUCUCUGCGGUGGCCAGUAAAUGAUUCGACCAGCUGCAGGCAGGCACCCACUGCCCAGCUGCUCACGAGCACAAGGCACCACCCCGACGUGCGGGCUGCCCUGCAGCUGACAGCAGGCAGGAUGGUGAGGACGGAGCGGGUUACUGCCAUCUGGAAGGCACAGUGGAUCGGAAGGAAGCAGGCGGGCCCCUUGCUGUUCUCAUUCAUCUUCUUUCUCUUUCUGAGGCUGGCGAGCAGAAGCCCUCAUCUUUGAGAGGCUGCUGCACACAACUUAAUUACCGCUGUGGCAGUAUGAAGCAUGUGCUUCAUCGCUGCCUCUGCAUCUGUGUUUGGGCAGUUCAGGCCCAAAUUGUGGAGCUUAUCUAAUAAGGUUAUUUCCAACAUAAGCUCUAAUUAGUUCAUUUCCAACUCUGAAACACAUGGAGGGAGUCAGGUGAGUGAUGCCAGCAAAUCCCACAGGGUAGGGCUGCUGGAGCACGGCCCGUCCAGAGUGCUCCCUGGGCUCCCUCGGCCUUGCUGGACCACCUCCUCAGCAUAGGAAGUCCAAAAGGGGUGCUAAGUCCCUUCUUCAUGAAGCCAGGGGCUCCUUCCUUGAUAUCAUACAGCCGCUCUGGAGUGAAGAAGUGGGAACAAUGGGAAAUAAACAGUUCUAAACAUU